AUUGAACAUUCCUAGCGCGAAAACUCAGUCGUAAGCGAAACAUCGAGCAAAAUUCGAUUCUUCCUGUGUACGUCCGGUCGCACUCACGAGUGUUUUUGUUCGUAAAUAAAAUGGGAAACAAGGUAGCCACGUUCACCGAGGAACAGCUAGAGGAUUAUCAAGAUUGCACCUUUUUUACCCGCAAAGAAAUCUUAAGAAUAUUUAAACGAUUUCGAGAAAUGGGCGAUCCUGGAGCUGUUCCACGGUGUAUGACGGCCGGGCAAGCGACCACUGUUCGUAUACCAUUGUCCUGUUUAACGCGUAUACCGGAAUUGAAGGAAAAUCCGUUCAGGCAACGUAUCUCGGAGGUGUUUACUAAACGAGUCGUUCAGAAUUUAGGACAGCAGAACUUGUCCGACGACGAUGGAAUCUGCUUCGAGGAGUUCCUCGAGAUGAUGUCGGUUUUUUCGGAGCAGGCGCCGCGGGACUUGAAGGUCUUUUACGCCUUUAAGAUUUACGAUUUCGACGAGGAUGGAGUGUUAGGAACGAACGAUCUGGAACGCACCUGCCGACAGUUAGUUCAAGGUGGUCUGAAUGCCGAAGAAGUAGCCACCGUGUGCCGAAAAGUAUUGGAAGAAAGCGACAUCGACGGAGACGGUGUUCUAUCGUACUUGGAAUUUGAACACGUCGUCACCAGAGCAUCGGAUUUUAUGGCAACCUUUCAUAUAAGAAUUUAAUUGUUGCACUUUCGAAAAAUCAAUAAAAUUUACUGCCACUGUUUCGCGUAACAAAAGAGCUAUACCUGUUAUUCACAAAAUCGUAACUUGAUCAUUUCGAAAGGAAAAAUU